AUGAGUUCGCGAUCUCCGCAUACCGCUUCGUUAAUGCAGAGCGGCUCCGGUGCUCAUGUGAAGCCGAAGUUCAACGGGAAGCCUGGCAUCAGCCUGAAAACCCCACUCAGCAGUCAUUAUUAUGACCUCCGCCAAUUGCAACCUGAAGAAGACUUGAUUGAACUCAACGAUGAGCCGCCGACCCCUCAGAUACAGACCGAACACCCCAACGGACCUCUCCACCGGUCAGGCGGGAGCCCGUCCGAAUCCAAUCAUGGGCUAACAAGAUACCAAGCCAAAUCAAGCACCCGUGUUCAAGAACAGAUAACUCUUCUCGAUCUUGAAGAUCCCCUCAUACAAGGAGAUUCGGCUUCGCGAGAUGGUCGCAUAGCUGGCGGUGAGCGAAGCAGGAUUGGCCGGCAAUCAUAUAAUCUCAUGUAUUCGAACAGUGCUAUCCUGCGUCCGACGUAUCUGCUGACAUUUUCGCUUCUUCCCAGAAACAUCCAAACUCAUACCCAGAGCAGAAGCACAAGCCGGCAGAAUUCUGGCGAUCAACUCUGCGAUAGUUGUGAAAGAAGUACCAGCUGUUGGGAAAAGCAGGUAUCUCAUAAGAUGCAGCGGAAAGCUCCAGGAUCCAUUCCGCACGAAAGAACCGAUUGUCGUACCGCUGAGUUAAUCAAGGCUAUCUUGGAGGUCAAGGCAACUUCCGCUGAACAAGACAUUCUGCACAAAAACGACGAAGACACAACAUGGUUCGGCGUCGUCCGAGAAGAUGAUGAGCUACCUACAUUCAGAGACUAUGGGAGGUAUGCCGCUAUCAUGGCCGACACUCUCCGCCCAUCGUCUCGCCACGCGCGCGACCAUCGAUUUCCAGGUCUCGUGUCAUUUGUAAGCCAGACAGGCGCAGGAAAGAGCACUAUCAUUAAUUUGGUCAUAAAUCUCAGGACCAACAACGAGAACUUCCCAUCUCCAGUCGUUGGUGCUGCAGGGCUCGAUGUCCCCACCUCUGGCGACGUCCAUCUCUACUCAGACCCCCCAGACUUGCAUGUCAGACAACCUUAUUAUGUAUGCAGAUUGCGAGGGGCUGGAAAGCGGUGA